UCUUCACUCACACCCUCAAAUCUUACCAAGCUCAGCUCUCCCUGCUCAAAGGCAGACAGGAGCAGCACGGCAGCCUGUUAAAGGAGUUGAGGGAAGGAGCAGCGGAGUCACAGAGAGAGACAUAGACAGAAAGAGGAGAGGGGGGGUUGAAUGACUGAAGGGAGAGCAAGGCAGAAGAGAACUGCUGCCCAUAUGCCGAGAGGAGUAUGGGCGGUUGAACAAGCUGCCCCCACUGAAGCUUCCUGACUCACGGGAGCGUUAGAACCCAAUCCCAAGAGAGCCUGGAAAACGCUGCUGGAUCACGCCUGGUGGGAGAAGGAGGGGAGAGAAAACUCAGAAGGAGAGCAAAGGAAGGAAAAGCCACAACGGUAGGCUGUCCUACUCAGCUGCUGUACCGUGAUGACGUUGGCGGGCAUGUGACCCAGGGUCUCCAGUGACGCCGCAUGGAGGGCAGGAAAGAGACGAGUUUUAAAGCUGGUGCCUUUUGGGUUGUGUGAGGGCUUUGCUCGCCUCCCCAACAACCACAGAACCACAGACGUGCGGCUCGGGGUUGGUGUCUGAGGGCGACCUGGAGUGUAAAUGGUUAAUCGUCACGGGCCAGCACCAGUCACAAGGACGGCGCUAAGCAAGACGUGUCGAGGGUCACAGAAACCACAGAGGAACAAAGUUGGGGCUUGCUGGAACCAGAGGCAGCCAUGGCAUCUAACAGCCUCUUCAGCACAGUGACACCAUGUCAGCAGAACUUCUUCUGGGAUCCCAGCGCCAGCCGGAGGUUCAGUCCGCCGUCCAGCAGCCUCCAGCCGGUCCCAGGGAAGAUGAACGACGUCAGCUCCCCGGCCGGCCAGCCGGACGCGGCGGCCACCGUGCCGAGGCUACGUCCCCCGCAUGAGAACCGAAGCAUGGCGGAAAUCAUCGCCGACCACCCGGCCGAACUGGUGCGCACCGACAGCCCCAACUUCCUCUGCUCGGUCCUGCCCUCCCACUGGCGCUGCAACAAGACGCUGCCUGUCGCCUUCAAGGUGGUUGCCCUGGGGGAUAUACCUGAUGGGACAGUUGUUACUGUGAUGGCAGGCAACGAUGAGAACUACUCCGCCGAGCUCCGGAACGCCUCGGGCGUGAUGAAGAAUCAAGUAGCACGCUUCAACGAUCUUCGGUUUGUGGGCCGCAGUGGCAGAGGCAAGAGCUUCACAUUGACAAUCACGGUAUUCACCAACCCACCACAAGUGGCAACGUACCACCGAGCUAUAAAGGUCACCGUGGAUGGACCUCGUGAGCCCAGGAGGCAUCGUCAGAAGCUUGAGGACACACCAAAAACCAGCCUUUUCUCAGAACGCAUUAGUGACCUUGAAAGGAUGAGGGUGAGGGUCACGGUUCCCACACAAACCCCCCGACCAGCUCUCAACACAGCAGCAAACUCUUUCAACCCACAGGGCCAGACACAGAUAACAGACCCUCGUCAGUCCCAGUCCUCUCCUCCGUGGUCGUACGAACAGACGUACCCGUCCUACCUGAGUCCCAUGGCGUCCCCUUCCGUCCACUCCACCACCCCCCUCUCCUCCAGCCGAGGCACGGGCCUGCCUGCCAUCAGUGACGUGCCUAGACGAUUGCCAGGCUCUUCUGACCUGAGCCCGUUUCCUGGUCAGUUCGAGCGCCAGUUCCCGAGCCUUUCCUCCAUCACGGACAGCCGCUUCUCCAGCCCCCGCAUGCACUACCCGGCCACCUUCACCUACACCCCCCCAGUCACCUCUGCCAUGACCCUGGGUAGCGCCCACUACCACACCUACCUCCCCCCGCCUUACCCGGGCUCCACCCAGAGCCAGAGUGGACCCUUUCAGACCAGCAGCACCCCAUAUCUCUACUACGGCGCCUCCUCCAACUCGUACCAGUUCUCAAUGGUUCCCGGCGGGGACCGCUCACCGUCUCGGAUGGUCCCGCCUUGCACUAGCGCCUCCACAGGCACCUCCCUGGUGAACCCUAACCUGCCCAGUCAGACGGAAGGAGGGGUGGAUGGCGACGGGAGCCACAGUAAUUCCCCAACCGUGCUCAACCCCGGUGGCCGCAUGGAUGAAGCAGUCUGGAGGCCAUACUGAGGAAGACCAGGGGACACACAGCUAACAAGUCAACCGAUGUCGUGGUUUGAAAGCACAAAACCUUUUUUUCAUGUAGUGAAAAGGGGAUUUUCUUGCCUCUCCUCGGCUAUCUCCACCUUCUGCUUGGGAAUUAAUCAGAAAUGAUUUAAAAAAAGAACAGACUAGAACCGACUUGUCUUCCUGGAAUGUGUUUGGACCAAGGCACUAGAAAGGGAGCCAUUCUCACAGCAAUAAUGAGAAAAAUAAACUAUUUUAAUUUUACCAAACCCACCCAGAUGGGACGUUAUUUCCGUUUUAUGGCAGCCCACCAGCAAAGGGAUGCUUAACCGACUAAAGACUGCCCCUUCUUUUUGUAACGUGUUUGUACUUUAUUAAGGCUUUUUUUUUUGCAGAGCAUGUUUUUGUACAACAAUACCAAGAUGCAACCAAAGCACUGAGUAGCAGAUGAGAAGCUUGUGUUACCCAAAGUGGCGUGGACAUUCAUUUUGCUCUAAACCAAUUAAGUUAAGUUGUACAUUGUGGGUUGUGUUGUUGAUGUAGUUUGAAGCAUUUUUUUCUUAGUUUUAACUUAUAAAGCCAUAAAUUAUGUAUUGUAUUUGAAACUUGAGUCGAAGAAGUGUAAUCUGAAUAUUUUUGAUGUAUCUAUAUGUCUAAGUUAAUUUGUUUCCUUUGAUUAGUAAGUUAAGAGGUUUUAUUUCUUUGUUGUUGCUGCGCCUAAAGAUUUAAGUCGCUUGGAAUAUGAAAUCUAAUUUCCAAAGAGUAUUGCAACAUGUUUCUUCUGGUGUAAAAUACAGCAUAACUGCUCGACACAUUAAGAGGCCAACAUCUUCAGUAGGCGUCGACACACAUUUGGCUUAGAAUUAAACCUUUGGUAUUUAUUGAGCAAUAACUCGCAUCGUGCCUCUUGGCGACACAGCAUUAAAGCCAGCUUCGGUGGGGAAGAGAGUAAUUAUCCAUUUAUGGAAAUUUUCUUAUAUUUUGUCUGGUCUGGCGUGCACUUACAAUCUGCUUUUCUUGACAAUAUGAGAAAUCCAAAGUGAGUCCCAGGAUAUAUGCACCUGGAGGUGCACUUUCCAGCAUCAGUUUAGACUUUUAAGGCUCAGUUGUUUUGUGAUACAUGAACUCCUCAGGACUGGAAUAAACCCUGGAUAAUAUCUGCUAUAUCUGCUUUUCUUUCUCGCUCCUUCUUUUUGAUUUUGUUUUUCAUAUCCAGCCUGGCUGAAGGCUCUGCCGAGAUUAUAGCUUACACAUGCCAAGUUUAUUAUAGCUUUCAUAUCAUGUGCAAAAGAUGACUUUGAAAAAGUUUGGGUUUGUGCGUGACACGCAGAGGAAAAAAAAAAAUGUAUGACAUUCCUUCAGGCAUUUAUUUAUCUACAGUUUUUAGAUUUAAUAUCUGACGUCCCAGCCUAAAACAACAUUCUCUUUCAGCACUAUAAGGAACAGUUCUGCGCUGAACCCAAAAAGUGCCUGGGUUCAGGGAAAAAGUGCAAAAACUGAGGUGAUUGGAUUCAGCUGCUGGCAGCACACUGGUGACCAAAAAAAGAAAAUAUGGGAGACUUGUAUGUUUGUUUCAUAAAAGCACUUAUUUCUUGUUUUAUUUCUAGCAGCACUCACGGCUGGCUGCCAGCAGAGCUCGUGGUUUGGGUCCUAAACUCAGCUAUCUCGCCCAUGCAGAAUGGAUAACACUUGGCCAAAUAAACCAUUUACAUCUGACUCCUGUCAGCCAGUUGGUGUUUAUUUAAAAAAAAAAAACAGACUAUUUUUAUUAUUUGGUUCAUUCUAGUAUUUAAUGUGUGCAGGUAAUGUAGCCUCUGCGUUUGUAAAAGUAGAGAAAAUCAUGGUAUCAGCGGGUUCAGGCUUUUCUGAACUCACUUUGUCAUAUUGGAAAAUGUCACAGUGUAUUUCUUCAACUGCCUUAACUCAGACAAUAGAUUCUCUGAAUAAAACCAUGAAAGUGAAAUAUUUAUAAAUCAUUUCUAAACAAGGUUAUUUUACAUUUUUACCCCAGGUCUUGUAGUCUGCCUGUCUUUUAAAACCUAGAAAAUCGACACAGCACUGCCAUCCCACCCUGUCCGCAUUUACUUCUGGUACUUUUUUUCUACAAUAUCAGAAAAAGCUGAAUUUGUGUUUUUUUUUAAACUGUUGGGGAAUAAACUGUCAUGAUGAAACCCUGUAUUAUUUAACAUUCAGUGUGUAUACUUGUACUUUCUGUUGCUCCUAUGUAAAGUUUACGUGUUAUUUCCUUUGUUAUCCUCCUUCACAUGAACACCUGUCAGGAACUAAAAAUCUAAAUGACACAGAUAGAUUUUGCUGGUACGUUUCGUAAAGGGGAUUUAUAUAUAUAUAUAUAUAUAUUACAAGAAGGGACAAGCAGGCCUGACAACAGUGAGUGAAAUUGGCAUUGUGAUUGUACAUUUGUUUAUUUGAAAAAUAAAGCUGGUAUUUUGUAACUUAA